GAGUGACCCCUCUGAGCUGCCACCAUGGCGCUGGUUCAGGCUCUGCCCAGAUCUGCUGAGCCCCACAGCUCCGGCCUCAGUGGAGGAGCCCGUAGACGACACCACUCUGGCCCUUCACCCCCCGUCAACGCACCACCACCCUCCACUCUGGAUCCCAUGGGCUCUGUUAGCAGCCUCAUAGCCGCACGGCCCGGCCCGUACCAGGACCACCGCUCCGGUGUCGAACUGGGAGCAAGAGUCCGACGACCCACACCAGGGGCUUCCUGCCUGGGCAGCGAGUCCCCCCAGGACCCCUUACUGCAGAACAUACCUCUGCUCAAGAAACAGAGCUCCACAGCGUUCAGCAGCGGGAAUGGGAACUUCACUUAUCUGAAUGAGGACUUUUUAGGUGACUGGAAUGAGAACCUUGUUUUACCUGUCAGUCCAGGAAGUGAUGCAGAUGAGAUGAGAGAGGGGUCGGGGCUGAAUGGGAAUAUGGACGGUCCUCCUCCGAAACUGAUCCCCAUAUCAGGAAAACUUGAGAAGAACAUGGAGAAAACGGUGCUGCGGCCCACUGCCUUCAAACCUGUCAUUCCAAAGAGCCGCAACUCCAUGCAAUACCUUUCCCCUCGCCAUUGUGCCAACACAUCAGAAAGCCAAAACAACCUGAACAUGCUCAGCCCCACGCACAGAGAGGUGUCGCCCUCUUGCUCUGAGAAACGCAGCUCGUACAGCGGAGCCCGUAACAGUGGCGGAGGAGGUAGCAGUCAGUCCUGCUCCCUGUCCGACUCUGGACGCAACUCCCUCUCCAGCCUGCCGCCUUACAGCAGCGCUGGCCACAGCCUGGCAUCAGGAGAGGCGUCCGCUGGCCACCUGGAGCCCAUGAAGAGCGCUCCGCCCGUCAGUGCACAUGGACAUUCCAACUCUGACAGUGGGCGCUCGUCCUCCAGUAAGAGUACAGGCUCUGGGUCGAUAAGUGGCCGGGGGCAGCCUCUGUCCGACAGCGGGUCCAGCGGGCGCUCCCCCGGCCCUGUGGACUGUUACGAAGGGGUGGUGAGGGACCUGGAGGACAAACUGAGAGAGCGAGAGCUGGAACUGCAGCAACUCAGAGACAACCUGGACGAGAACGAAGCUGCAAUCUGUCAGGUUUACGAGGAGAAGCAGAAGCGUUUUGAACUGGAGCUGGAGGAGCUGAGGCAGGGCUGUGCCACCAGGAUGCAGGUGGCCUCGCAGAAGGCCCAGCGUGCCCAGCAGGUGCUUCAGUUACAGGUUUAUCAGCUGCAGCAGGAGAAGAAGAAGUUGCAGGAGGACUUUGCACAGCUCCUAAAGGAGAGGGAGCAGCUCGAGGAGCGCUGCAGCUCCUACGAGCAUGAGAAGAUCCAGCUGGGGCCUCGGCUGGAGGAGACGAAGUGGGAGGUCUGUCAAAAGUCGGGGGAAAUCUCAUUGCUGAAGCAGCAGCUGAAGGAUGUGCAGGGAGAGUUAGCUCAGCGCGUGGGGGAGAUCGUGUCCCUGCGAGGUCAACUCCGAGAGGCUCGCGGUGAACUGACCAACACCCAGGUCCUGCUCCAGGAGGCUCACGGCACAACCCGCACACGGACGCUGGAGCUGGAGGUGUGUGAGAACGAGCUUCAGCGUCGCAAGAGCGAAGCAGAGCUGCUCCGAGAAAAGGUCGGACGACUUGAGGGAGAGCUGGUUCAUCUCAGAGACGUUUUGGCCAGUCAGGGACCAGGGAACCGACAGUGCCAGGUGUUCCAGGAAGCAGAGGAGCACAUGCUCACCUACGACAGUGACGAGGCGAAGGCCCAGAGGCAGAGCAGCACCGAGGCCCUGCAGAACAUGAAGGCGCAGAUGGACAGGAUGAGGGCCGAGCUGGCCUUCGAGCAUCAGCGGGCCGAGCAGCAGACGGGAAGCUUCGAGGAGGAGCGCAGGAUAUGGCAGGAGGAGAAGGACAAAGUGAUCCGCUACCAGAAGCAGCUGCAGCAGAACUAUGUGCAGAUGUAUCGCAGGAACCGAGAGCUGGAGCUGCUCCUGCAGGAUCUCAGUCAGGAACUGGAGAGCAGAGAGGAGGACGAGGGCAGCGGCAACGAGAUAAACUUUGACGAGGUCGCCGCCACAGAAAUCUGACCCUCGUGUCUCUCCAUCUUUUUUUAAUUUGCACUACUGUCCGCUAAAACCCUUUCACCUACACGUCACAGAUGUGGUGUCUUUGUGCUGUCGAGAGUCUGCGGAGAUGACAAACACUUUAGUUCUGCCUCUAGUCCCGCUUUAAAAGCCAAUGACCCCCAUUAGUCAUUAGUCGGCCGCCUCAGUCCUCUGCCCGUCCAUUAAUGUCUGCGUUGGUGUUUGCACCAACUAACCAGACGUCGGCGUUCUGCUCCUCUUUCACAACUUAACACAGAUCUGUUGUGCAUGAGUAACUUCCACCUGUCGCUGUCGCCCCGCUGGCUUUAGCUCCACACAGUCAUGUCACUCUCUGCGAUGCGGGGAGAAUUCUGUUGUUUUGAUUUUCCGAGAAGGAAACGAUCCCAAGAUACGUCAACUUCCUUCCCUUCAGGAAGACGGACUAUUAAAUUGGGACAAACGUGUGAGUAGACUGUAAAUAAAGAUGUACAACGUGUUUCCACUUCCUCCAACCGCCCGGAAAUCAAACCAAACCAUCUCAGAUACAAACGCUUUUGGAAGCUGUCAUGGCGUCCGUCUUUAUUUACAGUCUAAACAGUAUAAACAGAAUUGGUUUGUGGUCUGGACUCUAAUGUUCUAAAUUGUUCUGUCACACUCAAAUUAACGCAGAAGGUCCAGUGGAGAUAAGAUCGUCUGUACAGUCUGGUAGGAUUGACCAUAAUAACAACUACUCCUCAAGUCCAGCGCUCAUGUCAGCAAAGGGCCCGAGUCGCCUCUUAUCCAUCUUUGUCAAACACUUGUCUGACGUCAGAAAUCACUUUAAGUGUAAAAGUGGCCGAUGAUAAAAUGUGGAUAAGGUGUUAAUACUGUUCAUCGUGAUGUAGUUCAUGUUCUAAAGAAUAAAUAGGACUUUUUUUUACAGCCGGUGUUGACUUGGAGAGCACAUGUUUCUAAAAACGGCCCCGGGCUUCUCAGCACGAGCUUCACCGGGACCAAUCACCCCCCCCAUUCACCGUUCACUACAACUGCUUCAAUACUGAACCGUCUGAUUUCAGGUGAAACAGUAGUGAGGAUAUUCUGAGAGGGAUCCGAGGCUGCGAGGAGAAGUUAGGAGUUGGUAUGUUAUACACACAAUACACACGUUGUACUUCAUCCAUCAGGCUUUGAAUUCUUGAGUACUUCAUUCUCACCUCCAACCUCUACAUGAAACCAUGUAGUCGCGUGUACAACAGAAUGAGUCACCACUCCAGGGGGCGCUGUUGUAAAAGAUACAUAGGGCUUUUAUGCAAAAAGUUGAUGAAAGACAAUUUAGAAAUAUGACAUUUUAUUUUGCUGUCUACUACAGAGGAGGGGGUGAUGCAUAAACCAAAGCAGCUCCGUGAAGGUCCGUCCUCAGUGGUUAUAUCUACAUCUGUGGUUUUCCUACAUGUUCAAACGUCUGCUGUGAAAAAGGCCGACUGAGAAAGUUUGUUGUUUAAAGUCGAGUGAAUGUCUGUUUUUGGCUACAGUUUUUUUUUUAAUAUAUAGGAAAAUAUGGUACUUAAUUACAUCAAUGCAAAAAAUACAGUUUGCCAUAAAACAGAUGAGUGACCCUCUCCUGCACAGAAAAACACUGCAGCUCCUGUUAUUCAAUGAUGGAGACAAUAACCAGGAAAUAUUAACACUUUUAACUCCACAACCACCGUUUUGACUAAACAGUUUCACACAGUAGCUCAGAUCAACCUGUAAAAAAACACAUGUGUAGAUUCAGUCAACAGAAACACUGGAGUGCUUUUAUUUUGAAAAGGGUGUCCUACAAAAGUGUGAUGUAAUGGACAGAAAGCAGUUUUCCAAUACGAUGCCUCAUGUUGGUGUGGAUGUUUGUUCCGUUUCCUCAGUAUAAUUUUAUAAUCCAAUAUUUGUAUGAAGACAUUAAAUGUAUAUUUUCAUGCUGUACAUUUAUUGAACAAACUUGUUUUGAUUAAAAAAAGACUAAAUUCGAUCUCUGUUGGUCGUACACGGACAUUUCCUCAACU